AUGGACGAGAAGAAGAAGGAAUUUGCAGGCUCCCCGGAUGAGCAACAAGUAGCGCAAAGCACUUAUAUCAGCCCUCAGGCGCGCCUACUCCACGACCCCGCUGUCACAUUCGAGGAGUACCAGUACUACGCGCGGCGCACCAGAGAAGAAGAGAAGCAUCUCGAAUCUCCAAAGUUGCGAUGGCGAGAAAUCAUCAAUCGCUCAACGAACAAGGACGCACGCCCAAUUGAAGCUGCCGCUGAUGGGAAUGUGCCGGAAGUCAACUUCGCACACGAGAGUGACCGCCUACAGAUUACCAGCGAUGAAUGGACAAACGCCAGUCGUGCAAUGCGCACAGCAUCUUCGGGCGCCGCCUUUUACCUUAUCACGACCGAUAUUCUCGGCCCUUACGGCGUUGGUUUUGCCAUGGGCACACUUGGCUGGGGUCCUGGAAUAGCCCUAUAUACAGUCUUCGGCUUCAUGGCUGGCUACUCCGGCUAUCUGCUCUGGCACGUCUUCCUUGGCCUCGACAGCUACGAGUUCCCCUGCCGCAACUACGGCGAUCUUGCCUUUCGGACCUGGGGCACGACGGCCCGCUACGCGACCAACAUCCUACAAACCUUGGGCCUACUCCUCCUCCUCGGCCAAGUGACAAUCCAAUACGGCCAGAACAUAAGCCAAGUCUCCCAAUUCCGCCUCUGCUACAUCAUCUGUCCCCUGUUGUUCGUCAUCGCCGGCUUCUUCAUGACCCAGAUCCGCACUCUCAAAAAUUACGGCCUGGUGGCCAACUUUUCCGUCUGGUUGACCGUUUUAGUCAUCUUCAUAACCAUGGGCGUGAUCGCUCACAGUCCUCCAAACUACGCAAUUAGCGUCCUCGGCUCAGCAGGCGCAACCGUCGACCCAACCACCAUAACCCCAGACGCGCAAGGCAACUACCCGCCCGUCAUCCACUAUGGGGGGCUCCCUGCCGCGAAUCUCGUGGGGUCCAUUAACGGCUUGCUAUCCGGCGUGCUUGCCUACGCAGGAGCGCAGCUCUUCGUCGAGUUCCUAGCGGAGAUGAAACGGCCAAGGGACUUCCUGAAAGCCAUGUGGGGAGCGCAAUUCUUCAUUUAUAGCGUGUACCUCAUCUAUGGAUGCUACGUCUAUCAUUUCCAGGGGCAGUAUUCUUACCAAAUCAGCUAUCAAGGCGUCUCAGUCUAUGGCUGGCAAACAGCCGGCAACAUGAUCUCCCUCAUCACCGCCAUCAUCGCUGCCGGAUUGUAUGGUAACAUUGGUAUCAAAGUUUUCUACAACAACAUCCUCAUGGACAUCUUCAGUGCACCGCCUCUCGUCACCCGCCGCGGCAAAAUUUUCUAUGCCGCCAUCGUGCCCGUCUGGUGGACCAUCGCCUUUAUCAUCGCAGCAGCGAUUCCAGAUUACUUCGGCUUCGUUAGUGUGAUUUCCGCCUCAGCGUUGUUGACUCUGACAUAUACGCUUCCGCCGCUCUUUGCGGUGGGGUACGAUAUCCAGAAUAAUGCGCACCGAGAGAGCGAAGGCGAAGGAUUCGAUCCGAUUACGGGCAAGGUGACCAGACACGGGACGACAGCGCAGCGCUGGAUGCGUGGGUUGUUGAGCGGUGGCCCGGUGCGAGUCGCGCAAAAUGUGUGGCAUGUGCUCUACUUCUUCGCCUCGCUCUCCAUGUGCGGCUUGGGCAUGUAUGCCGCAGUCGAGGGGUUGGUCACUUCGUUCAAGAACCCGCAGUUGAACUCCUUCUCAUGCAGGUCACCACUUAACCUGAACGCUUAA